GGGGCGGUGCUGCGGGAAGGGGCCGUGGCCCUCAGCCCUCCUCCUUCUCCUCCUCCUCCUUCUCCUCCUCCUCCCCUUUCGCUGCCGCCGCCGUGGCGCAGCGCCGCGCCGGGCCGCGGGUGCCUCAGCCGGGGCGGUUCGUCUGACGGCGGCCGGGAGAGGAGAAUGGACAUGGGGAACCAACACCCAGCCAUCAAACGGUUGCACGAAAUCCAGAAGGAGGUGAAGGAGAUCGAACAGCAGGUGGUUGUCUUCAGCGGUUUGUCCACCGACCGGGAUUACAAGAAGCUGGAGCGGUCGCUCACCAAGCAGCUUUUUGAAAUCGAUUCCGUAGACACCGAGGGGAAAGGGGACAUCCAGCAAGCCAGGAAGAGAGCUGCUCAGGAGACCGAGAGGCUGCUGAAGGAGCUGGAGCAAAACGCCAACCAUCCGCGCAGGCUGGAGAUUGAGGCGAUAUUCAAGGAGGCGCAGGCACUUGUGGAGCGCGAGAUUACGCCUUUCUACAAAGGGGGCAACUGCAUCAACGAUGAGUUUGAAGAAGGCAUUCAGGACAUCAUUCUGAGGCUUACCCAGGUGAAAACUGGAGGGAAAGUUUCUUUACGCAAAGCGAGAUAUCGCACGCUGACCAAAGUAUGUGCUGUUCAGGAGAUUAUAGAAAGCUGCAUGAAGCAGCAACUCUCCCUGCCACUCUCUAAUGAUGCGCAUCCUUCUGUCUCCAAAAUUAACUCUGUAAUGUGUGAGGUGAACAAAGCGAGAGGAACUCUUAUUGCGCUUCUAAUGGGAGUGAGUAGUAAUGAUACCUGCAGGCAUUUAUCCUGUGUGCUUACAGGCCUUAUUGCUGAUUUGGAUGCUUUAGAUGUCUGUGGUCGCACGGAAAUAAGAAAUUACAGAAAGGAAGUAGUGGAAGAGAUCAAUAAAUUGCAAAAAUACCUGGACUUGGAAGAAGAAGCAAAUUCUACACAUGCUUAUGAUUUGGCACAAAAUCAGUCCAUUCUAAAAAUUGAAGAGAUCCGCAAGAAAAUGAAGGAAGUUAAUUCCUUACUUUUAAAAACAGAGAAUGCUUCUGAUUUGUAUUUGGGAUCCAAAGCAGAACUGCAGGGAUUAAUUGCCCAGUUAGAUGAAGUGAGUCCAGGAAAAAACCCUUGUAUUAGAGAAGCCAGGAGAAGAGCAGUCAUAGAAGUGCAAGCUCUCAUAACGUACAUUGACUUAAAGGAAGCACUCGGAAAAAGGCAAAUGUAUCCAGAGCAAACUGCUGCAGAACCUCAGUCUCACAGGGCGGUUUGGACUGUUCUUGGAAGCUUGUCUCAAAUUCAGCAGGAGGUGAUUUCAUUUGAUGGAAACAGAACAGAUAAAAAUUACAUGAGACUGGAAGAACUCCUUACAAAACAACUUCUUGCACUUGAUGCUGUUGAUCCGCAAGGUGAUGAGCGGUGUAAGGCUGCCAGGAAGCAAGCAGUAAAGCUGGCACAGAAUAUUCUUUACUACCUGGACAUGAAAACAGAUGAGUGGGAAUAUUGAAACAGCCAUGGUCUAACAUAAAAUAACAUUUUUUUUUCCUUUGGCACUUUAUCUAGACUGAAAGUUUCAGUGGCAGCACAUAAUAAAAGCUGUUUGUUGUAUGCUUGCUUAAAUCACGGAGAUUGCAUAAAAUGUUGACUUGGCUAUAUGUGUGCUCUCCCACGCAGUCACCCAUUUGCCAUGGCAACUGUCAGUACACCAGCAAUUCUGGUCACUGCUAUAAGCAAAGAAAUGUUCUCUGAAGGAGCAGCUUAAUAGUUGAUCACAUGGCUUUUUUUUUUUCCUGUUUUCAUUUUGAUAACCUUGUGCAAUGUUCAGAAAAUGCAGAUUUGUCAAAGAUGCAGAAAACUCCUUAUGGUGCAGUACUGGCAGAACUAUUUAAAAGAGACAGGACACCAAAAUUAGUGUUCAAGCAUGAAGCUCUCUCCAGCAACUUCAUAGCAGUCUGGAUGUGCUGUUAUGAUGGAAAGUAUUAAAUGCCAAAGAACCUGCUGGCUUUUGGUUUGUACUUGAUGUAUUCCAUCCAUCACACCUUUCUGGUUGUUUAGACCUCUUUAGAUUUCUUACUUAACAGAACUAUAAUGCCAACAUCAAAUUAGCAUUUACAUAGGCAAAGCCACUUAGGCCUAUUUUUUUGUAAGACCUGAGACUUAUGAUUUACAAAAACGUGUAUUCUGCUGGUGGAACCUCUUUCAUAUUUUUGCUUUAAACUACUGAGACUUGAGAGGAAAGUCUAUGGGUAUGUACUGACCAGAUAAAUUGGAUUUUGAGGAUUUCACACUGCCAUCCAUAAGUACCUGAAAACUGCACUGAACUUGACUUAGUGGCUAAUUCUGUGUCUUUUUAAAUUUUGCUGUUUUAUCUGUUUUUGACUUGUCUUUUCACAUUUGAUGAGAACAGAAUUGACUUUGAAAUUAAUGAACAUUUUGAAAUUAUUUUUAUAAAAUUAGGUAGCUAGCUCUAAAGGUGUCCCUAAUGAUGUAAAUGUGUGCUAUAUAUUUCAUACUGCUCAGGUGUGGCUUCAGGCAUGUCUUAGAAAAAACUCAUGGCAUAUGUCUCUCUUUGCAAUUCACUGUUUUAUUGAUUUAAUACCUUCAUAAAUAAGCUUGAUUGUACUAUUUUAUGUACCUACCUUUAUUUGUGGCUGCUAGCACCAAUCACAUUUCUACUAUAGCGUGUUUUUUGGCAUUUUUUUCGAGCAUGGCAUUAAAUUGAAUUGAUAUAUAGAGAUAUAUUUAAUUAUGAAAACUUUGCACUUAUCUCUUUCAUGUUGAAUUAAUGAAUCGUUCUGUAAGUGACAAUUUGCACCACUUUAAGGAGUAAAAACCAUUUUGGAUGUUAAACUAUAAAAAAAAUAUAUAUAUAUUUUUAACUGAUUAAAAAGACAGUACUAUCUGUGAGAGACAAGUGCCUUUAUGACACCACUAACUUGCACCACCAUAUGUAGAUAUAGAAGCUGCUUACCGGCAGCUUGAUGCAUUUGUAAUCUUUACAAACUGGAUUUAUUGUAUACAUAGUUCUACUAUAUCUGAAAUUAAUGUACAACAAUAUGUGAGAAUAGUUCUAUAGAGUCCUGAGAAUAAGUAUCAGAUAUGGGAAAAAUAGAUUCUGUUUAAAAAUGACUUUAUUUAUUUAAAGAUAAAUACGGAGACUGGAGACUUCUGUGCCUAUUACUAAAAGAAGAGAAUAUGCGUACUCUGUAAUGUGCUUUCAGUUGUUGAUGGAAGGCUGUGUAACUUCAGAGAGUGAAUGUAUUUUGUUUCUGAUUGUACACGUGAUUUAUUUGCAAUUUACUUGCCAAAAACAAUCUAUUUUUUCAAUUAAGUACAGUACCUAAGGCACAGUUUUACAAUGCCAGAACGUUUGCUGGAAGAUUCUCCCCGCUUCUUCAGAGAUAUUAACCUGUUGAAUUUAUCUGUCCUUACCUCAAUAAAACAUUUCCCCUAGGUAAAAUUCCGAUCUGUAUUUAUAUAGUAUAUGGCUAACCCAGAGUAAUAAUAUUUUAAACCCAAAUUAUUUUACUCAUUUCAAGAUUUCUACAUGUUUGAGCUGCAACUUCUAAAUUAUACUUAAGGCUUUAGAAAAUACAAGAAUUUGAAAGUGCGAUGAUGUUACUCAUUCUUCUUUUGUACUGCUAUCAGGUCUGCGGUGGUUACCUGUAGGUUGUUUGACAAUUCAGUGUCUGUGUUCUUUGGAGGUUACAUGUAGCUUUAUAAAUGUUUGAAGUUCUUAUGUAAAAGUGAGUAAGUAUAGUUUCCAGAUGUGUUCUCUUAAAUUUGCUUGUCUUUUAGCUUUUCUGAAUAGAAAGUUAAGCCUGCAUCUCUGAAAAGGCAAAUGUUUAAGGUUAGCUUAAUUUUGAUUAACUGAGUAGAAUUCAGUAGCAAGGUAUCGUGUGAAAUAAGUUUUUCCAUCGUUCUGUAAUCUAAUCAAUUGACUACUUAAAUUUUAUGAUAAAAUGCUCAUUUGGAAUGGGAUUAAUUCACAGUUUUUGCAUGAAUGAAAACUAAAUGUGCUUAAAAAAAAGGCAGACAUUUCUCAAAAUCUUGCUUUUGUGCCGAAGAAUGUAGUUACACUGGUUUUUAUAUCCAAAGAUUGAGGAACACACGACUUUUCCUUUCAAUGUGGUAGGCUAAAAUAAUCAGCAAAAUGUAAAUGGACCAAAUUGCAAAAGCUUGCGUUUUAGUACUGUACUGAAAUAUAAUAACUUUUCUGUGUGCUGUGUAAUCUAUCUUAGAGCAAAAUAAAUGAGUGGAUAUUUUGGGGAGGUAAUCAUACAUCAUGAUUUCUAUUUGUUAAUUGUAUUUCUUUUUGAGAUUUUUUUUGUUGUUGUUGUUGCUAUUUCAAUGUUUGUUGUUUAUCUCUCAGAGGAGUUUUUCUGUGUUACCAGUUUGGAGACUUUCAUGACGUAUGGUUCCUACUUUUUCAACUUAAUAGAAAUUAUUGUACAUGCUCCUACGGUGUAUAUGUCUUGAUUUAUUGCUGUGUAGGAUAUGGCAUUUGUAUAUACAAAUUCAAGAUUAAAUAUUGCAGUGUUGUAUUCCUUAUUAUUAAUAAAAAUGUUACUACCUUUUACUAGAUAUUCAUUUGAAUGUUAUGCCCUGCUGCCUUUAUUUAUUUCUGAAUGUGAGUUAUCAGAAUGUAAAUGAUUUUUGUCUUAGAAAAAGUAUUUUAAUUAAAUAUAUACACAUAAAACUCUCUUUUUCCUCCUUUAA